AUGGAUGCUCAACAACAACAACUGUUCAACUACUCACAGCAAAUGGAGUCAAGUUCCACCGCUCAAACCUCUAGUAUUUCAACUCCAACCGUCACCGGUGUUUCUAUAACCCCUGGCAACCGGUCGGUUACUGAAUAUGCUGCUAAGUUCACAGAGCUGUCGAAGUAUUACACUCCCUAUAACGAGGCUACUGGGGAAUUUUCGAAAUGUGUGAAGUUUGAGAACGGGUUGCGUCCCGAGAUCAAGCAGGCUAUUGGAUAUCAGCGGAUCAGAGUGUUUUCUGACUUGGUUGACUGUUGCAAGAUUUUUGAACAGGAUUCCAAAGCCAGAGCAGAGAGCUAUCAGCAAAGGGUUGAUAGGAAAGGCAAGAAUCAGAAUGAUCGUGGAAAACCGUAUGCAGCUGGCAAAGGUUUUCAGAGACAGAGUGGGAUGAAGAGGCCUAGUGGGGGAGACUCCAGUGCCCCUGCUAAGUGUUACAGAUGUGGUCAGGCUGGGCAUCGUAUCCAUGAAUGUACCAGUAAUGAGAAGAAGUGUUUCAAGUGUGGAAAAGGUGGUCAUUUGGCUGCAGACUGCCGGUUGAAGACUGUGACUUGUUUCAACUGUGGAGAGUUGGGUCAUAUUAGUCCACAGUGUCCUAAGCCGAAGAAGGAGAACCAGUCGGGAGGCAAGGUCUUUGCUUUAUCGGGUUCUGAGACUUCUGCAGAUGAUCGUUUGAUCCGAGGUAACGAGCAGUGAUUGAGUAGGAGCUAGUACUUGGAGUCUAGAGUAGUUCAUUAGGG